AGCGUGACACAUGUCGUGCGCGUUGUGCAACCGCUGCGCGACUCAAUUCGUUUAAGGCGUAAGUGCUAGGACGAUUUCUUGAAUUCAUCUACUUGUUUUUUCGCGUUUGAUCGAGAAACUUUUUUUGCCUAGUUUUUGUCGAUCAAUUCUCAAGAUCAUCUUAUGCGUACUCGGUUCGUUCCUCUCAACAUCUCGGUUUACUGAGCAUUGCUUUUCAUUCGACUUAAUUUUCAUACAUUCUGAAAAAAAACAAAAUUAUCAUACGAAGAGAAAAUGUUCCACCCUUCCGCACCCUCCCAGUUCUCCUGGCACUACAAGUACUGGCAGCGACAGACGGCGGGCUACUUGCGAAUUGUAUCAAAUGCAAAUAUGUCUGGGUCUGGGAGAUUGCGAGACUUGUCAUGCUAGUCUGGCAUGAGUUUGAGGUGUGUAUUGCGUGGCCGCAAAGAGCUCUCCUUGCCUGUCAUGCAAACACGCAGUUUCUCAUGCGGAUUACGCAACUCAGAACCAUGGGAACAAAACUUGUCAUGCUUUGCAGCGCAUUUAAGUGUGGUCACUAUUCCCUUCCUCGCAUCACAAGUUUCCAGACCCAGACAUAUUUGCAAUGCAUAAAUUGCGCUGAAGAACAAAAACCCAAACAACGAAAUGGUGGGGUACGUGGUAAACGACAAGCACCCAAAAUCCAUCCUAUGCAUUGCAAAUACGUCUGGGUCGGGAAACUUGUCGUGCUAAUGUCCGAAUGAUACGCAAACUGUAUUGCGGAGCCGCGCAUGACAAGUUUCUGGGUGGCUACGUCUAGCAUUAAGCGCAUGACAAAUUGCCUUUUUGCAUAACAAACGGUGGCGUUGUAGGGCAACAAGCAUGACAGACCUUUGUGCAUUGCCGGCCGAGCAUGACAGACUUGCAUUCUUCCAGACGCAGACAUUUUUGCAUUUGAUACAUCCGCGUGGCCUGCGAUAGAUGGAUGUACGUGAUGCGGUAUAAGAAAGCGUUUCGCUACGCGAAAAAGAUAUGGGCGCAUGACGAGCAGAAUGAGGCGCGGUUGGGGGACGUCGUCCGGGUGCAGCCGCUCGGGUAUUGAAAUUCAUUACAUAUGCUGUUUCUGCAUGACAAAAUCGCUUUUACCUCCGUGCCUCUGCAACAUCACAAAUUGUGUUUUUAUAUCACAGGUACCGACUUGGCCCGUGGAAAACCUACGCGCUAACAAAAGUGCUCUACCGCGAGCCCCGGGAUGAAGGCAGUUUGCGGGGGUCAGAUGCUAGGAAUUUGCACUACGUGCCACCAGAUUUCGAUGCGGACAGUAAUGACACUGGCCAAGUAGAACAAAAUACAGUCGCGAACUCUGCCUACCAGUGACAACAAUUCAUCGUAAUCCUUUUGUCAAGUAGACCAUUCUGCAUGCAAUAGCGCAAAAAUCACUGUGAAAAU